UGGAUAUAAAUAAAUGCGGCCGUGCUGAGUCAGUUCCAACUGCAGAGCAGGAAGUGGGAAAGCGGAGAAGAGAGCAGAGAAGAUGAAUGAUGUGGAGGAAGAGGAGGACAGAGCAGAGUCUCCAGGAUCCAUCUGUCUGUCUAUGAAGAGUGACUGGUCCAAAGGUCUUCCUCCAAAGUUCAGUGAUGAACCUGGACCCUCAGACACAAACUGUCUGUCUAUGAAGAGUGACCUGUCCAAAGAUGAACCUCCAUUCUUCAGUAAUGAACCUGGACCCUCAGACACAAAAGAGAAGAAGAGGAGCAGUGGUGUUUGUGAGGAGGAGCAGCUGUCCUGCUGUUCUUUGUGUCAGGACGUCCUGAAGGAUCCAGUCUCUACCAGCUGUGGACACUGGUUCUGCAGACAGUGCAUCACCUCAUACUGGGACCAGUCUGGUUCAUCAGGAGACUCCUCCUGUCCCCAGUGUGGACAAAGAUCCAGACCAGGACCUGGACUGCAGACAGCCAGUCAGACCAGCACUGUACAAACAGAUAGUGGUCUGCAGGAGGUUUUAGAUGAACAUCAGAUCAGUCUGAGGAGGAGAUGUGAACGUGUGACUGAAGGAACUGAUGGAACAGGAAGUAGAACCCUCCUCAACAGGAUCUACACUGAGCUCUACAUCACAGAGGGACAGAGUGAAGAGGUUAAUACCCAACAUGAGGUGAGGCAGCUGGAGACAGCUUCCAAGAAGAAGACCCUCCAUGACACUCCAAUCAGGUACCAGGACAUCUUUAAAGCCUUACCUGACCAACAGAGACACAUCAGAGUGGUUCUGACCAACGGUGUCGCUGGUGUUGGAAAAACCUUCUCAGUGCAGAAGUUCACUCUGGACUGGGCAGAGGGCUUGGAAAACCAAGAUGUCAGUCUGCUGGUUCUGCUUUCGUUCAGGGAGCUGAACCUGAUCAGAGAUGAGCAGUACAGUCUUCUCACGCUGCUCCAUGUUUUCCAUCCAACAUUACAGAAGGUCACAGCAGAGAAGCUGGCUGUCUGUAAAGUUCUGUUCAUCUUUGACGGCCUGGAUGAAAGCAGACUUUCACUGGAUUUCAACAACAGGAAGGUUGUGUCUGACGUCACACAGAAGUCAUCAGUCAACGAGCUGCUGACAAACCUCAUCCAGGGGAAUCUGCUUCCCUCGGCUCUGGUCUGGAUAACUUCCAGACCUGCAGCGGCCAAUCAGAUCCCUCCUUCAUGUGUUGACAGGGUAACAGAAGUACGAGGCUUCACUGACCCACAGAAGGAGGAGUACUUCAGGAGGAGAUCCAGUGAUGAAGAGCUGUCCAACAGAACCAUCUCACACAUCAAGACCUCCAGGAGCCUCCACAUCAUGUGUGGAGUCCCAGUCUUCUGCUGGAUCACUGCUACAGUUCUGGAGCACAUGUUGACUACAGAGCAGAGAGGAGAGCUGCCCAAGACCAUGACUGACCUGUUCUCACACUUCCUGCUGGUUCAGACAAAGAGGAAGAAGAACAAGUACCAUGAGGGACAUGAGACGAGUCCACAGGAGCUGACGGAGGCUGACAGGGAAGUUCUUCUGAAGCUGGGGAGGCUGGCGUUUGAACAUCUGGAGAAAGGAAACAUCAUGUUCUACCAAGAAGACCUGGAGCAGUGUGGUCUUGAUGUGACAGAGGCCUUGGUGUACUCAGGAGUUUGUACAGAGAUCUUCAAAAGAGAGAGUGUGAUCUUCCAGAAAACAGUCUACUGCUUUGUUCAUCUGAGCGUUCAGGAGUUUCUGGCUGCAGUCUACAUGUUCCACUGUUUCACCAACAGGAAGACACAGGUACUGAAGGACUUCCUGGGAGAAGACGGGGAACAUGAAAACUUUGAUUCAAGUAUGGAUGAUGAUGAUGAUUAUGAUGACGACGACGAUGAUGAUUAUGAUGAUGAUGAUGAUGAUGAUGAUGAUGAUGAUGAUGAUGAUGAUGAUGAUUGCCCAGGUCCAUCUCUGGAUGUCUUCCUGAGGAGAGCCAUGGAGAAAUCCCUCAAAAGUAAAAAUGGCCACCUGGACCUGUUUGCUCGCUUCCUUCAUGGCCUCUUUCUGGAGUCCAACCAGAGUCUCUUAGGAGGUCUGCUGGGUCAGACAGAGAACAGUCCAGAAAUCAUCCAGAGAGCCAUCAACAACCUGAAGGAGAUGAACACUCACAGAAUCUCUCCUGACAGAAGCAUCAACAUCUUCCACUGUCUGAUGGAGAUGAACGACCACUCAGUUCAUCAGGAGAUCCAAGAGUUCCUGAAGUCAGAGAACAGAUCAGAGCAGAGACUCUCUGAGAUCCAGUGCUCAGCUCUGGCCUACAUGCUGCAGAUGUCAGAGGAGGUUCUGGAUGAGUUGGACCUGGAGAAGUACAACACAUCAGUGGAGGGACGACAGAGACUGAUCCCAGCUGUGAGGAACUGCAGGAAGGCUCGAUUUUCUAGCUGUGGACUCUCAGAGACUCACUGUGAACUCCUGGCCUCGGCUCUGAAGUCCAACCCCUCCCAUCUGAGAGAACUGGAUCUAAGCAGAAAUUAUCUGCAGCAUUUAGGAAUGAAGUUGCUGUCUGCUGGAUUAAAGAGUCCACAUUGUGGACUGGAGACUCUGAGGCUUGAUAAAUGUGAACUGUCAGAGAGCUGCUGUGUCCUUCUGGCCUUAGCGCUUAAGUCCAACCCCUACCAUCUGAAAGAACUGGAUCUCAGUCACAACUCUCUGCAGGACGCUGGAGUAAAACGGUUGUCUGCUGAACUGGAGAGUUCAGAUUCCUGUCUGGAAACUUUGAGGUUGAGGUGCUGUAGCAUGACAGAGAUCAGCUGUUCUUCUCUGGUCUCAGCUCUGAAGUCCAACCCUUCCCAUCUGAGAGAACUGGACCUGAGAGACAACAACCUGAAGGAUUCAGGAGUGAAGGAGCUGUGUGGUUUUCUGCAGAGUCCAGACUGUAGACUGGAGACUCUGAGGUUGAGUCGCUGCAGUUUGUCAGAGAUCAGCUGUUCUUCUCUGGUCUCAGCUCUGAAGUCCAACCCCUCCCAUCUGAGAGACCUGGACCUGAGUCACAACAAGCUGAAGGAUUCAGGAGUGAAGGAUCUGUGUGGUUUUCUACAGAGUCCAGACUGUAGACUGGAGACUCUGAGGUUGUCAAAGUGCUCUGUCACACAUGAAAGGUGUGUUUGUCUGGCCUCAGUUCUGAAGUCUGGAUCCUCCCAUCUGAGAGAACUGGACCUGAGCAGAAACAAGUUGAAAGAUUUAGGAGUGAGGAAGCUGUGUUUUGGACUGAAUAGUACCAACUGCAGACUGGAGACUCUUGGGCUUCGAGGCUGUGGGCUGUCAGAGAUCAGCUGUUCUUCUCUGGUCUCAGCUCUGAAGUCCAACCCCUCCCAUCUGAGAGAACUGGACCUGAGUGAAAACUGGGACCUGAAGGAUUCAGGAGUGAAGGAGCUGUGUGGUUUUCUGCAGAGUCCAGACUGUAGACUGGAGACUCUGAGGUUGAAGAACUGCAGGUUGUCAGAGAUCAGCUGUUCUUCUCUGGUCUCAGCUCUGAAGUCCAACCCCUCCCGUCUGAGAAAACUGGACCUGAGUGGCAACUCCAACCUGCAGGAUUCAGGAGUGAAGGAGCUGUGUGGUUUUCUACAGAGUCCAGACUGUAGACUGGAGACUCUGAGGUUGAAGAACUGCAGUUUGUCAGAGAUCAGCUGUUCUUCUCUGGUCUCAGCUCUGAAGUCCAACCCCUCCCGUCUGAGAGACCUGGACCUGAGUAACAACUGGUACCUGCAGGAUUCAGGAGUGAAGGAGCUGUGUGGUUUUCUGCAGAGUCCAGACUGUAGACUGGAGACUCUGAGGUUGGAGUCCUGCAGUUUGUCAGAGAUCAGCUGUUCUUCUCUGGGCUCAGCUCUGAAGUCCAACCCCUCCCAUCUGAGAGAACUGGACCUGAGUCACAACCACAACCUGUAUGAUUCAGGAGUGGAGGAGCUGCGUGGUUUUCUGCAGAGUCCAGACUGUAGACUGGAGACUCUGAGGUUGGAGUCCUGCAGUUUGUCAGAGAUCAGCUGUUCUUCUCUGGGCUCAGCUCUGAAGUCCAACCCCUCCCAUCUGAGAGAACUGAACCUGAGUCACAACCACAACCUGUAUGAUUCAGGAGUGGAGGAGCUGUGUGGUUUUCUGCAGAGUCCAGACUGUAGACUGGAGACUCUGAGGUUGAAGAACUGCAGUUUGUCAGAGAUCAGCUGUUCUUCUCUGGUCUCAGCUCUGAAGUCCAACCCCUCCCAUCUGAGAGACCUGGACCUGAGUCACAACCACAACCUGUAUGAUUCAGGAGUGGAGGAGCUGCGUGGUUUUCUGCAGAGUCCAGACUGUAGACUGGAGACUCUGAGGUUGAAGAACUGCAGUUUGUCAGAGAUCAGCUGUUCUUCUCUGGCCUCAGCUCUGAAGUCCAACCCCUCCCGUCUGAGAGACCUGGACCUGAGUAACAACUGGUACCUGCAGGAUUCAGGAGUGAAGGAGCUGUGUGGUUUUCUGCAGAGUCCAGACUGUAGACUGGAGACUCUGAGGUUGGAGUCCUGCAGUUUGUCAGAGAUCAGCUGUUCUUCUCUGGUCUCAGCUCUGAAGUCCAACCCCUCCCAUCUGAGAGAACUGGACCUGAGUCACAACCACAACCUGUAUGAUUCAGGAGUGGAGGAGCUGCGUGGUUUUCUGCAGAGUCCAGACUGUAGACUGGAGACUCUGAGGUUGGAGUCCUGCAGUUUGUCAGAGAUCAGCUCUUCUUCUCUGGGCUCAGCUCUGAAGUCCAACCCCUCCCAUCUGAGAGACCUGGACCUGAGUCACAACUCCAACCUGCAGGAUUCAGGAGUGAAGGAGCUGUGUGGUUUUCCAGACUGUAGACUGGAGACUCUGAGGUUGGAGUCCAGCAGGUUGUCAGAGAUCAGCUCUUCUUCUCUGGUCUCAGCUCUGAAGUCCAACCCCUCCCAUCUGAGAGACCUGGACCUGAGUCACAACUCCAACCUGCAGGAUUCAGGAGUGAAGGAGCUGUGUGGUUUUCUGCAGAGUCCAGACUGUAGACUGGAGACUCUGAGGUUGAUGAACUGCAGUUUGUCAGAGAUCAGCUGUUCUUCUCUGGUCUCAGCUCUGAGGUCCAACCCCUCCCAUCUGAGAGAACUGGACCUGAGUCACAACCACAACCUGUAUGAUUCAGGAGUGAAGGAGCUGCGUGGUUUUCUGCAGAGUCCAGACUGUAGACUGGAGACUCUGAGGUUGAGUCACUGCAGUUUGUCAGAGAUCAGCUGUUCUUCUCUGGUCUCAGCUCUGAAGUCCAACCCCUCCCAUCUGAGAGACCUGGACCUGAGUCACAACUGGAAGCUGCAGGAUUCAGGAGUGAAGGACCUGUGUGGUUUUCUGCAGAGUCCAGACUGUAGACUGGAGACUCUGAGGUUGAAGAACUGCAGUUUGUCAAAGAUCAGCUGUUCUUCUCUGGGCUCAGCUCUGAAGUCCAACCCCUCCCGUCUGAGAGACCUGGACCUGAGUGAGAACAACCUGAAGGAUUCAGGAGUGAAGGAGCUGCGUGGUUUUCUACAGAGUCCAGACUGUAGACUGGAGACUCUGAGGUUGAAGAACUGCAGGUUGUCAGAGAUCAGCUGUUCUUCUCUGGUCUCAGCUCUGAAGUCCAACCCCUCCCAUCUGAGAGACCUGGACCUGAGUCUCAACAACCUGUAUGAUUCAGGAGUGGAGGAGCUGUGUGGUUUUCUACAGAGUCCAGACUGUAGACUGGAGACUCUGAGGUUGAGUCGCUGCAGUUUGUCAGAGAUCAGCUGUUCUUCUCUGGUCUCAGCUCUGAAGUCCAACCCCUCCCAUCUGAGAGAACUGGACCUGAGUGAAAACUGGGACCUGAAGGAUUCAGGAGUGAAGAAGCUGUGUGGUUUUCUGCAGAGUCCAGACUGUAGACUGGAGACUCUGAGGUUGAGUCUCUGCAGUUUGUCAGAGAUCAGCUGUUCUUCUCUGGUCUCAGCUCUGAAGUCCAACCCCUCCCAUCUGAGAGAACUGGACCUGAGCAGAAACGACCUGAAGGAUUCAGGAGUGAAGGAGCUGUGUGGUUUUCUGCAGAGUCCAGACUACAGACUGGAGACUCUGAGGAAAUAAAGUGCUGAGUCAUCAAGGUGAGAGUCUGUGACUGGUCCAUGUUAGUGGGAGAUAACAAGUCUGAACUGAUCUGAGAACAGCUCCACUGUCAGACACAGAGUCCAGUCCACCAUCAUCCCUGCAGUGGAGUUCAGAGAGGAGCAGUGAAGCUGAUCUGAACAACAUCGUACCAACACUCUACAUUAGUUUUUCCUUCAAGUUGUCCCUGUGUACUUCCUGUUCUUUACUGACUGACUGAUUAAUAUAUACAGUAUACGUAGCACACAGCCUCCCACAGGAGCAUAUUACAUGUAUAACAUACAGUAGUACAACAAGCAGAUAACAGCAGAUAUCAGAGAGUCUUACAGAGUAAAUACACAGAACAUUCAGUUCCUCUGUGUCUGUGUUUGUACGCUGUGAAGCAUGAAAGACUUCUUGUAUAUUCCAGCUGACUGUCAUGAUCCUGAAUCAACAACCAGAGCAGAGCAGCUCAGACUGAGAGUGGUGUGUGUGAGGGAUCUAACAUGUUCAGCUUUCUUUUGUACAGAACCAUUCAAUAUAUAGUAAAGGUGUUUUAUGACUCACCAUCAUCUUCUCUGCAGUUUUAACUCAGAGAGUUUUUCAUCUUUAAAGUUUAGUUGCCGUAUCAAGCUGUUACAUUAAAUGUGAAGAUGCUUUCAGCCAGUCUGUAUGAUGGUGUGUAUUCUAUGUGAUGGCUAAUGCUGAAACUGAAAAUGUUCUGCUUUUUCUACAAGAAGAAAAACUAUUAAUUUUUGACUGGUGUUCACGUCACUUUAUUUCUGUACAUGUGAGAUUUUUCCUUCCAAUAUAUUUUUUAAGGAAUCAAUAAUAAAUAAGUAGCUGGUGAGUGAAAGAAUCGAUCCUGUCCUAUCGGUCCGUCCGUCCUCAGACUGUACUUCUGUCUCUGACACUGAUUCUUUGUUCAGAGAUGUUUGACCUUUAAAUAAAGUAUAACUUCA